AUGGACAUCACCGAGGGUCCUCUGCUCUGCUUCCCCAACCUCAACUCCUCCUGCAGGCGGCUGCCUAAACCCCGCUCUGAGACUGCUCCGCUCUACACCCUGCUGGCCUCCGUCUCUCUGCUCACCGUGACCCUCAACCUGCUCGUCAUCAUCUCCAUCUCCCACUUCCGGCAGCUCCACACCCGGACCAACUCCCUGCUCCUGUCUCUGGCCGUGUCCGACCUGGUGGUGGGGCUGCUGGUGAUGCCCGUGGAAGGCCUGCGCUACAUGGAGACGUGCUGGCUGCUGGGAGAGCUGAUGUGUGCUCUGACUCCUUAUGUUUCUUACUGUCUGCUCUCUGCCUCCGUGGGCAACAUGGUGCUCAUAUCCAUAGACCGUUAUGUGGCCAUCUGUGACCCAAUGCUCUACGCCUCUAAGAUCACCCUGAGCAGAGUUAAAACAUCAGUCUGUUUAUGUUGGGCCUGUUCUCUUCUCUACAACGGCUGUAUUCUGAUGGGACACUUAGGGCAGCCGGACAGGUUCAGCUCCUGCCGUGGGGAGUGUGUGGUGGUCAUCAGCCACAUCGCAGGAGUUGUUGACCUCUUUGUCACAUUUGUUGGGCCCUGUACUGUCAUGGUUGUUCUCUAUAUGAGGGUGUUUGUUGUUGCCAUUUCCCACCUGCGUGUCAUUGGGUUGCAGACUGCUGCUGCGACUGUUAGGUUAGCUCCAACCGCUAAAAGAUCAGAGACGAAGGCAGCCAGGACUCUUGGGAUUGUGAUAGCUGUGUUUCUAAUGUGCUUCUGCCCGUAUUACUAUCCCUCUAUAGCAGGCGAGGAAACCUCCACUAGCUUGUCGUAUUACGCCCCGUUGUCUUGGAUCAUGCUGUUGAACUCCUGUUUCAACCCUCUGAUUUAUGCUCUGUUCUACCCCUGGUUUAGAAAAGCUAUCAAACUCAUCAUCACACUGAGAAUACUGCAGCUUCACUCCAAGGAGAACAGGAUCCUGUAG